AUGUUAAUAUUAUUUUACUUCACCUUAUGUUAUGCUGGUACAAUAUGGCCAGGCUUUAUUAGUAAUACAAUAGCAAAUAGAAAUCAGUAUUCUGAUUACACAAUCUAAGUUAUUCCAGAGACUAAUGUUCCUGCAGGUGGUUAUAUAGAAAUUGUAUUCCCAAUACAAUAUUAAUCAGGAUUAGGAAAUAAAGCUUAUUGUACUAAUUGCACUAUAAAUGGACACACAAUUUCCUUUUAUUUUACUGAUACUCCAAUUUUGAGUGUAGCCAAUACACUCAAUAUAUACAAUAUUCUAAAUCCUGCAGAAAGAGGAGGAACUGGUAAUUUUAUAAUAAGAACAAAAAGAUUUGAAUUCAUUUAUGAUGAAAAUCUUAUAUUUCAAACUAUUGGUAUUGCUGAUGAUAUUGCUUAAUUAAGUUCAUGUAUUGUUUCAUUUGUUGAUCCUCCUAUUUCAGGUAGUUUAGGUAAAUAUAAUUUUGCUUUCAAAACCAACAUCAAUUUACCUUUAGGAACUACUAUUUAAUUAUUCAUUCCCAAUGUAUUUAUUAUCUCAGAUAAUCCAUCCUGUUCACUCUAUUCAAUUAAUGAUCUUGUAAUUGAGGGUAACAUUGUAUGUAGAUUAUUGGAGGGUAGUAGAGUAUAAGUGAGUGGAUUUUCAAAUGAUAUAAUAGCAGGUAGUGAAGUAGGAAUAUAAAUUUCAUUGACAAAUCCUUCAUAUUCAUAAGUGACUUCAACAUUUACAAUAGCUGCCUAUAGAUAAGGAACAUCAAUUAUAUACACUUGGAAAACAGGAAUAAAUGGCAUUCAAAUAUUGCCUGGUUUAAUUAAAGAUAUAACUUUAUUACCAAUGUAAAAAGUAAGAUUGGCUACACAAAAAAUCGUUGAUUAUUAAUUGAAAUUCCUACCUACAAAUUCUUUACCGAAAGGAUCAGCAAUUAUGAUUAUAUUCCCUAAUACCUUUAAAUUAGACGGUAGUUAAGUCUAUUUAUUUUUUAAAUCUGGUUUAGAGGAUAUAUCUGAGACUAGUCCUUUGUAGAUGCAGAAAACAAGUGAAGACAACAUUUUAAUAACAAAUUAUAAGGAAACUCUUCCUAAUCAAAUAAUUAUUUAAUUCAGAGCUAAGAAUCCAUCUACUGCAGGUCCAUCAUCUGCUUUGGAUAUUCGUACUUGUACUGAUAGUACAUGUGUAAAUAUUAUUGAUUAAAAUAAAGUUGAUGCCGUUAUUUAAGUGGAAGCUGUAGGUAUUAAUAAUAAUCAAUUAUAGCUUCCCUUGAUUUCAUUGAAGUAACAUUGAGUCCAAAAACUUCUUAAUAAACAUCUACUGAUCUAUAAUUUAGAAUAACUCCAACAUUUGUAAUUCCUGGAGGAGCAUACAUAAAAGUGCUCUUAGAUUCUGCAUUUUAUGUAGGUACAGUUUCAGCAGCAAAUUGCCUCUCCAUAACUUCACCAAUAGAAGUAUCAUUAAUGUGUAAUAAAUCUGAUAAUCUCAUCACAUGGUAAAACCCAUUCUCAGUUUAAUAUAAUGUAAACUUAGAAAGUUCCUUUUCAAUUGUAAAUUUAGUAUAAACUCCUACUUAUGCAGGAAUCUAUACAGUAGAUAUAGAAAUAUUUAACUCUUAAGGAAGUUUACUUUAAUCAUAUACUAAUUUUAUGAAAGUGACACCAUUAGAUCUAGCAUCUCCAACAUUGGAGUUUGUAGGCCCUGAACAAUCAAUCACAGGACCUCCAAAUAAACCUAGAUAUAGUAUUUUAAUAACGACAUUUUAUAAUCAAAUUAUUAUACCAGAAGGAGGAUAUGAUCCAACUAAAUAAAAAGCUUAGGGAAGAAUUAAAUUUUAAUUUCCAUCAAAUUCUUAAUACCUCAAUAAUUUUUUAGGUACUAGUUACAAGGAUGGAGAUCAAAUACCUUGUAAAGCAGUAAAGGGUUUAUUGCCUAUGGAAAAUUUGAAGAUCUAAUGCAAUAUAUAUGAAUAAUCUGAUCCACUAAUGGGAGCUUUUAUUAUUAUGCGUAAUUUUAAGGAAAUCCCUUAUCGCAGUAAUAUAGAAAUCCACAUACCAAACAUUUAAAAUCCUGCAGCUACCACUGCUGAAUUUACAAUCACCAUCCUAUAAAAGUAAUUUGGAGUUGAUACAGAAUUAAAUAUCUUUAAAAAAUCACAGACAUUCAGAACCUAAUUUAAUUUAAAUCCAGGAGUAUCAGUAAGUUAAAUGUAAAUUAGUAAUACAAAAUUGUCAGGAGUAUUCAAUGUUUCUAUGGAUAUAGUGCCAGGUAACGAUUUUGAUGAUGGCACAGAUUUUAUAGUUAAAUUACCUGGCUAUGAUACUAUGUUUAUACCAGAUUAAGAAAUUGUUGUUUGUUAUAUAGAUACUUAUUUAACUCCAUGCAUAACUUAUCCUGGUGUUGAUUGGAUAUUAAUGAGAAUUAAGGCACCAUAAGUUCAUUAUUAUACAGCCCCUAUUAAACCAAGAUUGCAUAUCUACAAUUUAAGAUGGCCUCGUUAUUCUGAUUCUGUUGGAUGGGUUUCAUGGACAAUGUUAAAGGAUCCAUUUAGUUCUGGUAUGAAUUAUGAGGUAGAAGCCAGAACUCUCUAUUAUAAUGGAGGUACAGAUAAAUUUUUGGCUCCUGAUAUUAAUGAUUUCGAUGAAGCCUAAAUUUUAUCACCCAAAAAAGGAAAAGGAUUUGUGGGUCUAAAUUAUGAAUUUUACUUUAAAACAAAAUAUUUAAUCCCUGAUGGAAGUGAAUUCAUAUUAACCUUUCCCACUGAUUUCAGUUUGGAUGGCUCAUAUCCUUAACCAUAAUUCUAGGCUCCUUAAUUUUAUUCAUAGAGUGAUUCUAAACCAUUGUUAUUUGUUGUAUCUGGUAAUGUACUUAGAGUCAAAAAUAUCAGAGAACAUCCUGCAAGUGGGCCUUUCAGAAUCAUAGUAUAAGGUGUCAAAUCCAGUAAGUAGCCAUCAAUUCCAUAAGCCAAACCUUUUCUUGCAGAAUUGUAAGUAGGGGGUAAAUCAAUAGUUAAGACAUAAGAUGCAACUAAUGGAUUUGAUUAUUUUGAUUAUGGAACAGAAUUCGUUCCAGGUAAAGUAAUAUUUAAUUCUAUAACUGCAUUCCCAUCAAAUUAAUUGGAAUAUGCAAAAUAUGAAUUUACUUUCAUAUUAACAAAUGAAUUACUAGCAGGAGGAGAAAUUUCAAUAACAUUUCCAAAAGAAUUUUAUCCAAAACUUCCAGUUCCUUAAAUAGAUUGUAUAUGUAAUGUAACAGGAGCCUUGACAUCAUUUAAAAGUUGUAAGUUGUGGGAUUACACUUACAUAAUGAUAACUGAUGAAAGAUAUCAAAGUGGUGAAAUUACAUUCUAAAUUAAUAAUGUAUUGAAUCCAUUGUCUGGUAAUGCUGGACUAUUUACAAUAACAAGCAAAUAUGAUGGAACUUUCUUAGAUAUAUCUGAUGAUACAUUAUAGUCUGUUAGAUAAUUAUUCAUAUCUCCUAAAUCAGAACCAGUUUUAGUGUAAAGUAUAGAUUUUGCUCCCAGAAAUGAAGGAGAAGAAGCCACUUAUACAUUUUAAUUUGUUCCAUCAACUUAUAUAGAUAGUGCUUUCAUAGUAUUAGAAUUUCCAUAGAAUUAUGAUACUCGAUUGGGAAAUGUAAUAAUUUGUAAACCAUAUGAUUGUAUAGCUUAAAAUAGAUAAAUAUGGGUAAGUGGAGUUACUAAUUAUUAACCAUUAGGUACUAAUCCAAUUAUUGUGAUUGUUUAAGGGAUUAUUAAUCCAAAUUAAAAUAUUAAUGAUUAAUGGACAGGUUAUUUUGGAAUAGGUGUUAUUAAAUAAAACACUUUUAAUUAUAUAGAUUAUAAUUCAAAGGCUGGUAGACUUUAAGUUGUAUAAGCACCAGGAUGGUCUUAUUUGUAUAAUGUUCUUCCUUAGAAUUUAUUUUCAAGAUGGAGUAAUACUUCAUAUAUGUUCAAUAUGACAGCUUUGUUAAAUGUUCCUAAAGAAAGUAGUUAAGGAAGUAUCAUUAUUGAUUUUCCAAAGUAAUUUGAUAUACCUGAUGGUACUAAAAGAUGUGCAGUUUAUAAAUCAACAUUUGCUUAAAAAUUAACAUGUACUUCAUUAACAAAUAGUAUUACAAUAUAAGGAAAUACAGAAGAUAAGAAUGGUAUUAUUACAUUUAAUGUUACUGAAAUUGCAAAUCCAUCUGAUGAAGUAACAAUUGAUUAAAUUUUGGUAAAAACAUAUGAUGGAUUUAAAAAAUAAAUAAUUGAAAAAUCAUAUAGAAAUUUAGAUCCAUGGACUUUUACAUAUAAAUUUCCUGGACCAUUAAUAACUAUAAAUGAUGAUAGUGUAAUAACUGUUGAAAGAGGAACUUAAACAAAAGAUUUAUGGUUUAAAGUAGCUUAUCCUUGUGCUUUGGAUUUAAUAUUCACACCUAUAAGUGAAUUAACAAUUAUUCCAAAUAAGAUAAAACUUUCAUUAACUGAUUUAUAAUAAAAAUUUAGAGUAUCUGCAUCAUAAACACUAUAACCAGGAACAUAUUAUAUUACAUGGAAAGUAAGUGGAGAAUUAAGUGAUAUUCCAUAUUAUACUCCAGUUAAAAAGAGUACAGUAAAAGUAACAAAUAAUAAAAAUAUAAGAGUUAAUGUACCUACUUUAAAUGAAGUACCUAUUGGUGGUAAUUCACUUGAUACAUAUGUAUCAGUAGAUUAUGCUCCAGAUUUAGGAUUUGAAAUAUUAUUAACAUCUUUAAGUACUGCAUUAACAUUAGAUAAAAGAAGUAUGUAAUUUGUAGCUGGUUAAAAUAAUGCCACAUUUAGAGUGAGUUGUAAUAAAACAGAAUAUUAAAAGGUAUCAAGUAAUAAUCUAUAAAUUUCAUUAACAUUAAGUGGUAUUAAUAGAGAUGUCUAUUUAUUGACUUAAACAUUAAUUGAUAUUACUAUUAUUUAAGAAGAUUCAGAACCUCCAUUUAUAACAGGAUUAUUAAAUGAUUAAACUAGUUAAACAUAGACUAAUAUAAUAUUCAGUGUUGGUGAAAUUGCUGUUGUAUAUUAUAUGAUUGCACUUUAAGGAACAUAACAACCAUCUAAUAAAUAAUUACUUGAUUUAGGUCCUGCAUUAUAUAAUACUACUCAAUCUCAAUUUGGUAAAGUAUCAAUUGGAAAAACCAAUACAGCUACUGUUAGAAUAAGAAAUCUAAAAGCCUAAACAAAUUAUGUUGUGUAUGCCAUAGCUGAAGAUAGAAGUUCAUUAUUCAGUGAUAUUAAAUCUCUCAAAUUCAAUACUACUAAUAGAUAUAAUGCUAGUAGUGUUACACUCACUUUUAAAUAAAGUUAUUUAAAUUAAGCUGAAAGAUAGAACAUUAUGAAAAAAAUAGCUUUUGUUUUGUCACUCCCUACUACUAAAGUAAUUGAAAAAACAUCUUAUACAACUUAAAGAAUAUUAUAAUCAGUAUCAAUUGGAUUAUCCAUUUAUUUAAUUAGUAUUCCUACUACUGAAAACUUCCCUUCACCAUAUAAUAUGGUUACAAUUCUUAAUUCAAGAUUAAUUCAACUAUCAAAAUUAGUAUCCAAUCUUGAUACAACAACUAAAUUAGAGGCAUAAGACUUUUAACCAGUUUAUCCAUCAUUUAUGACUAAACCUUCCUAAGUUAGCUCUGAUUUUACUACUUGCACUGUAUAAGGUACUCUUGAUAUGGUUGGUGCAUUAUUUGUCAUCUCUGUCUAAGCUGCAUAGGAUACUGCAUCACCCUUAGCAUAAUAAGUAUGGUGGGGAUAUAAUAGUUAAAAUCUAGCUAUGCCAGCCAAUUGGACAUAAGUAACAAUACCAAAUUAAAUCUAUCAAAUUGUAAUAUAAGACCUAACUGAAGACACUGAUUACAAUAUGUAUAUUAUUUAUUUUAUUAAAUAGUUAUAUGAUUGCAGGUUCAGCACAUCCAGGAUAUCCAGAUCUAUCAACAGAUGAGAAGGCUGUAAAUUUGGUUUCAUGUAGAACUAAAGCUUAAUAACCAGAUACUAUUUUGGAUAUUAAUUGGGCUAAAUUAUUGAUCAUGAACAUAUUAGUAAUAAUUAUAUUUUGA